AUGAGAUAUUGUUUUCUUUUGCUUGUAUCACUUGUUAUUCUCAACACUUCAUUGUCAUCUGGAUACACAUCUAGGGUUGAUGGCAAGGAAGGGUGGCCAGUCAAACCCUCAUCAGGCUACAAUGUAUUGACUAGCGGAAUCAAACUUCUAAUACACGACAACAUUUAUUUCAAGUAUAACAAAGAAAUUGAUUCAGUGUUGGUUGUAAACAAACAAGAUCAUGAUUCAUGCAACACCAAAAACCCGAUUUACAAGAUGGAAGGUGGAGAUUCAGCCUUUCAAUUGGACAAGUCAGGUCCCUUUUACUUCAUUAGUGGAAACGUUGAGAAUUGCCAAAAGGGUAGAAAGUUAAACGUUGUCGCUUGGUUUCCACAUCGGCGAUUAAUGUCUCUGGCAGCGGAUGCUCCUUCGCCAAGUAUGGUACAAGUUCCAGCAAUGUCUCCUACAGUCAAUGCUCCGACACCAAAUGUCAUUGGCUGGAAUGCUCCUGCGCCAAGUCCUGCCGACAUUCAUGCUCCAUCACCAAGUCCAACAACCAAUCAUGCUCCGGUACCAAGUCCUACCGACAAUCAUGCUUCGACACCAAAUCCAAGUGGCAAUCAUGCUCCAGCACCAAGUGCUACCAAUAUCCAAGUGUCACCGACACCAAGUGCCACCCAUAAAAAGUGCCAUCGACGUCGGCACUGGGGUCUCUGUUUUGGCUCCAAGUGCCACCGGGAUUCAUGCUCUGACAUUGCGCCAUCUCCUGGUCAUUCGGGCUCUACAAGGUUGAGUGGUUCUGUUGGUGUCAAUGUUGUGGUGGCAUUGGUAUUAGGAAGCCUUGCUUUUUAG